ACGAGUCGUACCCUCCACUACGGAGUCAUUCACCCGUCGGUCAUCGUCGCAUCAACACUUUGUUUUUUUUUGUUUAUGUUUUUUUUUUUUUUUUGACACCCUAGUGGUCAGUUGGUGCAACAAUUAAAUCACUGGAGUGAAUGGUGAUUCUGUGAUUCCGUGACAUUCUGACAUUCAGUGAACGAAGUGACAUAUUUUUUUUUGUGAACUAUGAAUUUAAUUUUUUUCUCCACUGGACUCCAGUUUUUUUGGUAAUUUUUAUUUCACGGGGUUCUCUCUGGAUUGACUGGCACUCUGCGAGAAAUUGAAAGAAAAGAUGAAUCAACAGUGCAAAGUUUGUGGUGAGCCAGCAGCUGGUUUCCAUUUUGGUGCAUUCACGUGCGAGGGUUGCAAGUCAUUCUUCGGGAGAUCCUACAACAACUUGAGCAGCAUUUCGGAGUGCAAAAAUGGCGGCGAGUGCGUGAUAAACAAGAAGAAUCGGACAGCUUGCAAGGCGUGCAGAUUACGAAAAUGCCUGCUAGUCGGGAUGUCGAAGUCGGGAUCGAGAUACGGGAGAAGAUCGAAUUGGUUCAAGAUCCAUUGUCUGCUGCAGGAGCAGCAACAGCAGCAGCAGAAUCAAAUGACAGCGCAAAGGCAUCAGGCGAGUGCUAUGAGUUCGCCGAUUGGUAUACACACGACAUCCAGAAGCAAAGAGGACUCUGUGAUGCUGGGACUGGAUGAUUACAAGAACUCGACAUCACCGUCGAUCAGCUCACCGGAGUCUCACAACAGUGACAGCUCUGUUGAGGUCUCCGAGAGGAGAGCAGCCUACGGCCUGCACCCUGGCUUCAGGCCACUGCAUCCACACCUGCCACCAUCGGAUUUGUCAGCGCUUGGGAAGGAGAUGAUGAGCCUUCCUCUGGGCUUUCAUCUGGGUGGAAUGUCCUUGAUACCUCCGACCUUCCUGCCACCCCCGAGUCUCGCCAUGUUCUCACCCUAUCAUCUUUAUCCAGCGCAUCACGGCCUCGUUCCAAGUCACUCUGUCAGAUCACCACUUGGCAGCAGCAACACCACCACCAUCGGUUCCAACGACGACUGCACCAACAACAACAACAAUCGAUACACCGUUGACAAUAAUAAAUCUAAAAGUAAUGACGACUCGAGUGUUCCAGACACCUGCAACAAGAGGUUCUACUUGGAUGCUGUGCUGAAGAGCCAGAGGACAGCGUCAAGUCAUUCGCCGAUCUCUCAAAAAUCGAGAUCAGCUGAGCAAUCACCGCGGACAAGUCCAGACAGGGACACCCUCCCUCAGGACAAUCCCAUCGAUCUAUCCAUGAAGGCUAAUCUCAUAAGUCCCAGUGAUGAUUCUGACGAGGACAUCGAUAUGGAGGACAGCGAUCGUGAGAGUCCGCCCCUCAAGAGGCGACCGAUUGAUCUGACAACGAGAUCGUAAUAACACGCCAGAAGGACAUGAUCAUCACACCUGCAUAAUGCGAUGCAUGCUAAUUUCAAUGAAAUCAAUGUCUUUGGCUGGUUAAUUAGCCAUCGCCGAGAGAUCUCAAUGAGGAUAAACACGGUGGUUAAUGUUGAUGGUUGUACGUUGGCACGUGUUGAGUACGUGUUACAAGAAGCUGAGGUACACGUGUCCCAUGAAUGCAUCCACGUUUUAUCUUGCAACUUGGGGAGGGCUUCGAUUCCCUGUCGAUGUUUUUAAACGGUACACCUUCAUCGGGACCAUCUCUGUCUCGUUGAUUUUGUCCCCUUAUUCUCCCCAUCGUCUGGUAGAAUUACACCAUUCAGAUUGAUUCUGAUUGUCCAGUGUCCUCUGGGGAUCAAAGCGAUGGCAGGUGAUGGUUCCAGGUGAUGAUUCAAUGGGGCUCGUCGAGGAGUUAACGUUGAAACACUUGUCUUCCUGCUGGUAGGAGGGGGUUAUGAGCUGGACAAUACCUUUGCCACUGCGUUAUCCGUGGACACGAGCUCAUCUUGCCUUUACACAGGUUGGCUUUUAGCGGCUUGUACUUGUUUAGCAUUUUUGCUUCUUUAUUUCUCGUUUUUUUUUUCUCAUUCCCUCACCAGUCUUGGUUUUUUAACUCAUACCCUGGGCGGAAUUGCCUUGGAACAUGCGAAAUAGCUCCAUCGCAGGAUGACCAGGGCGAUAGCGAAGGGCUGGCCAGAAUAUUGAGGUUAUAGUGUGCAAUUAAUCCGGGGAUUCCCCGAAAAUUUGUAAAGGUUAGGGUUAGAUUAGGUUUGACGGAUGAAAAAUUGUGUAAAUAAGGAGUAAAUUCGUUGGGACCAAGGCCAGUUAGUUUUUUCUUUUGUUUAUUCAGGUGUAUAUAUUAGUUGGAUCGAUUAUAUCGCAUCUGUUUAGUUGUAAUCAUUAAUCAAAGUAUAAUUAUGGAGCGUCCAAAGACGCGUAAUUCAAUCGCACUUUGUAUUUAAGAUGUUUUAUUAUUUUGUAUGAUGAUAAAUAUAUGAAAAAUAGUGAAACCUG